AUGGUCAGAGAAGACAAUCCGGCCAAUAAGACCCUUCGGGAGAUGAUGUUCCCAAACAAUCUGAACCUCCGACCUAUGGGCAUAGUGUUGCCAAAUAUCACUGGGAAUUGGGAGUUGAAGCACACCCUGAUCCAGAUCUUACCCAAAUACAGUGAUAUGCCCGGAGAGGACCCUAUGCGGCACUUGCAAGAUUUCGAGAUGGCUUGUGGAACUAUCCGCACCGCAUUUCCUGCCCUUACUGAGUACAUCCGACUCCUUACUUUUCUGUUCUCUCUUCAAGAGGGAGCGAGGGAGUGGUUGUACAUUUUGCCCGAAAGCAGCAUUACGACCUGGCAGCAGUUGCAGCAGAAGUUUCUCGAAAGGUACUUCCCAGUCAGCCGGAUCCAGAGCCUAAGGACCAGAAUAAGCAACAUCAAGAUGGGGGAUGGAGAGAUCUUAUAUGACUACUGGGGAAGAUUCAAACAAAUGCUAGCCAAAUGCCUACAACAUCAAAUACCAGCCCACGAUCUUGUUCGAUACUUUGUGGGAGGACUUCGAAGGCAAGAAAGGCAAUGGCUGCAUGCUGCAUGUGGAGGAUCCAUUUUGAACAAAUCGGCAGCAGACGCAUUCGAACUUAUAGCUAAUAUGGCGGAGGAGUCAAGGGAUGAAGAAGGCACAAUAGAGAGAAUGUCACCACCAGAACCAUCGUCUGCCCAAGACGAUAAGAUUGACAAGCUGUGCAUUGCCUUGGAGAAGUUCAUGAGCAACCAAAUUCCUUUGAUCAAGAAGCCGGUGAAAGCAUGCCAACUUUGUAUGACAUACACCCAUGCAACGGAUGAAUGCCCUCAACUCUAUGAGGAUGAAGAAGAAGUCAAUGCUUUGGGACAGCUGGGAAGCAACAAUGGGGGAUAUGGCCAGAAGCCUUUUGACCCCUACAGACAGCAGUGCCCACAGCAGCCUUCACAGGCAAAAGGGCCUUCCUUGGCAGAACUUGUGCACACGAUGGCACAAGAAAACAUGAAAUUCCAACAAGAAACCGAAAAGUUCAUGAUAGAGACAAGGGGAGGAAUGCAGAAUAUCAAUGCCCAAUUAUCCCAUCUUGCCCAAAUGAUCGCUCGGAUAGAAAAGAAGCAGGGCAAGCUUCCUGCCCAGGUGGAGGUUAAGGAGGUCAAUGCUGUGAUGCUGGUGAGUGGGGAAGAAUCCUGCCCCAGAAAGCACCUCUCGACCAAAUGGAUGUUAUGA